GGUUCUACAUUCCAUGAGAAGGACGUGCUGGAGGAGUCACAUCUCCUUGAGGAUUUUCGAGAUGAGGCAAGGACACUACCAGUUGAAGCCAAAUCUAGCAAUCCAUCACCAACAUUUCACAUCAACCUCUCGGGCGUUCAACAUCCAAAAUGGUCGGAUUUAAUAACUUCAUCAAAGCGCUUUCUCUUCUUCCUGCUACCAACUUUCAUCCAAACCAAACUCUAUCCCGAUUUACAGAGGCUCGAACGCCUUCACCCCUCCGCUUAUCUCGAUGGUAUGCGUGGACUGGCCGCCCUCUUCGUCUUCUUCUACCACUUCUCCUACUCAAGUCACGAUGUCCUCACCGCAUUCGCCGGCACCGGCAAGCCCAAUGAGCACCGCGAGUUUCUCAAACUCCCAUUCAUUCGAUUCAUAUACACUGGACCCGCCAUGGUAUCCAUAUUCUACGUCGUCUCUGGCUAUGCCCUUUCGUACAAGCCCGUCAAGCUCAUGAGAAACAAGAGUUGGAAAGACUUGUUACACACCCUCUCUUCGGCAACUUUCCGGCGAGCUAUUCGUCUCUAUCUACCUUGCUUUGCCUCGACUCUGAUGAUCGUUGUUCUAGUCCGGUUGGGCGCGUACGACGUGACUCGUGGUAUAGCAUAUGAUGGAAGGCGCCUGAACCAAGUUCGCGAAUUCCAUAUGCCACGCUACAGAUCGUUGUGGCAUCAAUUAACAGAUUGGGCUAAGAUGAUGUGGAUAUUUGUCCACCCAUGGAGCUUUGGAACAAAAGACACCGAUAUUGAGAUUGAUAAGCAUCUGUGGACCAUCCCAAUGACGUCCCUAGUCGCCCUUGUCGUCUGGUGCCACGAGAAAGAUCGCUGGGAAAUGGUUCUCUUCUAUUCUGGCUUUCUACUUGCCGAGCUCGAUUUUCGCCGACAAGCGCUGGCCCGCCUCUUCAUCAAUGGUCCGGUUCAGUAUCUUGGCAAAAUAUCUUUCUCGCUUUACCUCAUGCAUGGUCCUGUUACACAUACUAUUGGCUACGCUUCGAUGGAGUUUUUCUGGCGUACUAUUGGAGAUGAUACAUAUUUGACCAAAGAGAUUGGUUUUGUUCUAGCUGCAAUCAUCAACAUCGCAAGUACGAUCUGGGCGGCAGAUCUCUUCAUGCGCGUGGUCGACACACCGACGGUGCAAUUCGCCAAGUGGAUCGAAGAGAAGUGCAUCGUGCCUCUAGAAUAG